AUGGGCAAAUCACGGAGGAACAGAGGUGCUCGUCGAGCUGACCCUAUUGCGAAGCCUGUAAAACCUCCAUCAGAUCCUGAGUUGGCUGCCAUCAGAGAGAAGCGGAUUCUCCCAGUGAUGAAAGACCUGCAGAGCUCGGAGCCCAAGGCGCGAACUGCCGCUGCAGGUGCGAUCGCAAACAUAAUUCAAGACACAAAAUGCCGAAAACUUCUACUACGCGAACAGGUCGUCCAUAUUGUUCUCACCGAAACCCUCGCAGAUUCUAGCAUUGAGAGCAGGGCUGCCGGAUGGGAGAUCCUCAAGACGUUAGCAGCUGAGGAGGACAGCGACUUCUGCGUGCAUCUAUAUCGCCUAGAUAUCCUUACUGCGAUUGCACAUGCGUGUAAAACUGUCGUGCAAGCGCUCACAGCCCAGAGUCCGCCGUUUGCACAAACACCCAAAGCGCAGCAACGCUUCGUGUGGGAUAUUUGUAGUUCAGUGCUCUCACUUGUUGGCGCUCUGGUUGUUGCACGAGACGAGAUUGUGGAUGCUAUCAUCAAAAAUGAAGAUAUAUUUCGCCUUCUUUUCACUCUGGUCUCAUAUAACUCAACCCCCCUUGAGGUGUUUGAGGAGACACUUACAUGCUUGAUGGCACUAUCUGAGGAUAACUUGCAAGUCUCGCAACUGAUUCUGGCCGAUCCAUCAAACAGCUUUAAACAGCUCAUUAAAUUCAAGUCUGCCAGUGGCUCGCGAGCAGUGCUGGCCUGCGGUGUGCUUCACAAUAUGUUCGCAGCCCUUGAGUGGCAUGAUCACAGUCCAGGACAAGAUGGCGCAACUGACGCCGCCUUGAUCCCCGCCUUGACACGACUUUUGGAACAGACCAAGACGGAGACGACCACGGCGAACGGGAAUGCUUCCAUGACUCCAAUUGACGUCCUACAGCUCGCCCUUGAGAUCUUGGCUUCCAUCGCCACAGACCUCCAGGGUUCCUUGGAGAAAGGCAAUAAAAGAGAAGAGGAAUGGAACGGCAUAGGUGAUGACACAGAGAUGAAUCAAGAUCAGGAGGGAGAAGAAGAUCCAGAAGAAGAUGGCGAGCAUGGCGAGCAUCGAACCGAUGAUGAUGUCGAAAUGGACGAAGAUGAAAUGGAAGCCGACAUGGAGAUGGUCACAGGGGCAGAUGACCAUGUCGAUGAUGUCUCUGGAAUUGACGACAUUCCUACCCUUCGAGAGCUUAUUCAAAAGGCGAUACCACAACUCAUUCGUUUAUCAAAUGCUCCGCUAUCGUCAGACGAGGCGCUUGCUAUCCAGAUGCACUCCCUCUCGGCGCUCAACAACAUAGCAUGGACAGUAUCAUGCAUUGAUUUCGCAGAUGGCGAGAAUGGCAACAUCUUCCAGGUUUGGGCUCCGGCCGCGAAGAGAAUCUGGUCCAAAGUCAUCGCACCAAUCCUGGCGACUGAUACAGCCGACAUUAACUUGGCAGCGGUCGUCGCCAGCUUGGCUUGGGCUAUUGCUCGUAGUCUUCAAGGCUCUGUUCCAUUGUCUGGUGAUGAGCAUCGCAAAUUCAUGUCGCUCUAUCAGGCUUCCAAGAAACUCGACCAAGACAAGGAAGCCGCCACACCUUCAGAAUCGGACCCCGAAGAUCCUUUCCAAGGAUUGGGCGUCAAGUGUAUCGGUGUGCUCGGCCAACUUGGACGGGAUCCUGCACCCAUUCCUCUCAAUCGCGAAAUCGGUAUCUUCCUUAUCACUGUCCUCUCUUCCCUGCCUGAAAUACCUACUGCCGAGGCGAUUGAGGCCCUCAACCAGUUGUUCGACAUUUACGGAGACGAGAAAUUAGAAUGCGAUCGAGAGGUGUUCUGGAAAGAUAAUUUCCUCAAACAUCUCGAAGAAAUCUCUCCCAAGGCGAAGACAAUGGCGAAGUCUAUUGACAAGCGGGCACAAGGGGAGCUAAGAUCCCGAGCAGAUGAGGCCGUGUUGAAUCUCAACAGGUUCAUACAAUACAAGAAGAAGAACAAACCGUAG